CUGCUGUUAUUUUUAGCCAGAAUGACUGUGUCUGUGUUGCUCCUAUGCCUUGUUUAACAGUCAGCUACCUCAAAAAGCAAGGGGUUUCAGGAAAGGCAGACGGGGUAAGCUGGGUGUGGGCCUGUAAAUGGAUGGAGCGGGUAAAGGAAGUCGGGAAGGGAGAACGUGAAGAAAGGAGCCGAAACCUGCAGAGUUCAGCUCAAACACAAGUUGUUGCUCAGUCCCAGCACACACCGUGGUCCCAGAUUGUGGGCACGUUGGGAGCCUGGUAUGGCUUUACUCCAGUUUUUGUAGUUUGGUCAGUCUGCCAAGUGGAGGCACUGCCGCACCCUUCUGUACUGAUAGUGGAUGUGUGCUGGAGGCUACUCUUUGUGUGCCUUCUGUUGAUUUCUCUGGGAGGUUGCAUCCAUGCCCUGAAGUGCUGCCUGCAGCCAGGACAGAGCCAGGGAGAGCCUCCAGGGACUGAACAGGAGAUUGUGACUGAAAUCAGGAAUGACCAGUGUUUACGGAUGUACCAGGCAAGAAACCCAGGUGUGAAUAUUAAUCUGAUUCUUGCCCUGGCUGACAGCCUGCUGCUGUGUGUGCUGCAGGAACCUCUGCCAGACCCCAAUGUGCCCCAUAUUCAGGCUCUUCUCUCCAGACUGGAGUCAGUGUCUCACACACUGGAGGUGACUGAUGUGGGAUCAGAGGUGGGACUGGAUGAGGUGGACCAAAGCUCUGUAGUGACAGAGAAACUGAAACUCCUCCACACCUACCUGCAGCAGAGGAGAGUGUCCCUGCGCACUCUUGUCCAGGUGCAGGGGGACUUUGAGGCCAGUGUGAAGAACAUGCUGCAGGGCUUAGACGACCUCUGGGCUCAGCUGGAGGAGCUGCAUACUGGGGUCACACUCUUCAAACAGGAGACCCAAGGCCACAGAGAUCUGGCCUCUGCUCAGAGAGACACACAGAAUUUGUUGUCGGUCUUGGGUGACUACAGGAACAAACUUCAGUCUUGUCAGGUUCAUUUGAAGGGCAGCACACAACUACUGCAGGAGUUAACCUGGAGUCACACCCACAUGAGCAACAGCGUGAACAGCAGCAGUGAGUCAGUUUGGCCAGAGCUCUUGCUUCAGUCUAAUAUUGAGCAGUUUGACAAGGUGCAGGAGAAUUUCACCUCUCUGGAACAACAGAUCUCUACCUUCCAGGCCCACCUGGAGGGACUCGGAAAACAAAAUCAGGAAAAACAUGCCGGGCCCCUCACUCAUGCUGGCGGGCCACAUUUAUACUCGGUGCUGCCACAGACUUCUUAUCAUGCCCACAGUAAAGUGUCUGUGGAGCACCGUAACUCCACCUCUUCCUCCACGUCUGCUUCCUCGGUGGAUACAGGUACAGUCACAAAAACAGACAAUACUUUCUCACUGCGCAAGAGGUCGGCGCUACAUUUCUCUUCCACAAUCGGACGACGUCUGCGCAUAUCUGGAAGGAAGAAGUGAUUUGUUAAAAACGUAUUUAAACGCAGAUGAUGUGGUAGUGAGCUAGGGAAAGAAUAUUCAAAUGUUGAACAUUUGCUGGUUGCCUAAAAUUGUAUUAUUUAUUGCUCUUUGUCAUUGCAUUGCUUUGACUUGUAUGUGUACUUUAACUUAGCUGCUUUAUCUUUUCUACCUCUUGGAUUUAAGAGCAGGCAAGAACAGAUUUUCACUGUAAAGCACAUUUCAAACACUAGGGGGCACACUUUCAUCAGUUACUUCGAGAAUAAACAGGUACGAUGUGGACAUGUACACUGAUCUCAGGUUGACUGAGCCCAGUGUGAACCAUUUCCCUGCUGUCAACAAAAUAAAAGUAUUGGGUGCAUUUGUUCAAACAUAAACUUAAGUCAGUCAACAAUAGUUUUGAAAAUUUGAAUUUGGGCCAAUAUUUCAGGUGUUUUCUGUUAUUAUAAUUCACUGGAUAAGGUCACCAGCUGUUCUCUUUGUGCUUGAAAUGUGAUUUUGAAAGUUGUAUUGAAGUCUUAUCCUGUACAUCUCUUUGAAUUUAAGAAGUAUAUUUUUAUUGAAGGUUUCCGGUUAAAAAAAAUAACCUAUGGGAGAGGAGGCCAAUAUGGCAAGUAUUUUUGUUACUAAAAACUGAGCGGCCCUCUAGACCAUUUUUAAAAGAUCUUUGAUCCAAAUUCAGUCACUCUGCAACGCUACACCAAAGGCGAUGGUUUUCUCAGCCAGAUUCCUAACGUUUCAGGCUGAAACGUGCAGGACUUCUGAUAGAAACCUGUUCAUUCAUGGCCGCAGUUAAGCGCCUGUUGCAUGGACUCUGUACAGCAUGUGUGACAUAGAUGUCAUUUUGACCAUGGACUUUCCUACCAUCUGCCAGAUCAUGCAUCUGUCUGAUUUUCUCACACUGUGAUUGGGAGUGGUGGAGCCGACCCCUGGGGGAUUUGGGAUGAAAGGAAUGUGAACUGAACACUGCAGGAUUUGAGCUGUCACAACACCAAGAUACAAACACAGUGUGUGUGUGAACUUCGUUGUAGAGAGAUGUAAAGCCUGUGGAAGGAGAGAUGCGUGUCUGGUUGUUUGGACUUCAAAGACACAAGAGUUUGAAUUUAAAAAAUAAAUCGUUAUGACAUGC